GACUAUUGUCAUCAUAAUAACAAUGAGUCAUCAUAAUAACAUGCACUCCCCCCUUACUGCAUUUAUCAGUUACCCCUCUCAAAAGGCUCCGUCUAUCUAUUCAGAUGUCAAUGGUCGUCAGUUUAUAAUAGUCUUUUGAAGCGGUAAGAUCGCUAUUGAACGUUUAUGUAUUUAGAAUUAAACUUAUGUCUGGCUCAACAAAUAGGAUAUUCAAAUGAAAUUUAACAUGGCAUUCUUAAAAUUAUUAUUAAGUAGUAGUCUGAUAUACAUUGCCAUAAUGGCAACAGCAAUUUCUAUUGAUAAAAUAACAGAAAACGUACAGCGCAACGCAUUAAUCAACAAACUAUCAGAUUAUAUACUGCCGUUACAUUAUAACAUGAAGUUAGAAUUGCUCGAGGAAUAUUUCAUUGGCGAAUACGUAAUUACUAUUUAUAUUAUUCAUGCAACACAAGAAAUAAGUUUCCACAUAUUGCAUCCAAUCAGUAUAACAAAGUAUGAGUAUAUCAGAUUGGAAUUAAAGCAAAAUGACAAUAGAGUGCAUUAUGAAACAAUGUCAUCAUGUUAUACAGACAAUAUUGUUCAAUCUUGUAUCAAAUAUAAAUUCGAAAAUGUCUUGUUGCCUGGAAUGUAUAAUCUAAAUAUAAAUGUUAAAAUUCCAAUUAAUAUUAUAAGAGACUCUUUCGGAACUUCGUAUAUAAACGAUGAUGGAAAUAAAGAGUGGUUAAUUACAAUAAUAGAUGCCCAAACGAAAAACUGGAAAAUAUUUCGGUUUUGGAAUAAGCCAGAAUUAAGAACUACUUUUGAUAUUUCCAUAAAGCAUCAUCGAAGAUACAAAGUUUUGUCGAAUAUGCAAUAUAUAAUGCAAGAAUCUGAAACACUGGUAGACAAUGCUAUGGUAUGGACAUAUUUUAACAAUAUUGAUUCGAUUUCCAUAGAUAAUAUAGCAUUUGUGAAAUCCGAUUUCCAUGAGACCGUAUUGACUGAAACCGUUAGCAUGUGGUGCAGACCAAACAUGAUAUCGCAUAUGACAUUUGCACUAUAUGUUGCUGAAAAUAUUACUAUGUAUUUGAAAAAUUAUUGGAAUAUUUCGGAGAGAUUCCUUGUUUCAUCCAAGAGCAAAGAAUAUUAUUUCGUAAUCCCUAAUUUACAAAAUGAAGUCAAACAGACUUUGGGAUUCGUCUUUUAUAGAGAAGCAGAUAUCACGUACAGUGAUGAAUUGGAUACUACUGGACGCAAAAUGAUAAUUGCAUCCUUAAUAGCGCGAGGGAUAAUACAAAAAUAUAUUGACAAUCUGUUGAAUCCAUCUUAUUGGUUUCAACUAUGGUUAAAUGAAAGCUUUAAUAUAUUUCUCCAAGCAUAUAUUGUCGAUAAGGUUUUGCCUUAUUCCGGGAUGAUGGAUUUAUUUGCAGUUCAAGUUCAACACGAAUUAUUCGAUUUAAACACUCAUAUCGUAAUAAAUUCUGCUGUAGGAUAUAGUAGCUAUCCGGAAAAUUAUUUAUUUUCUUCUGUUUCGCAUUUCAAAGGCUCCAUUAUAUGGCGGAUGUUAGAACGAACCAUGUCACCUGAUAAAUUUUCGAAAAUAAUCAACAUAUAUUUAAACAUUCGAUAUGCUAAGCCUGUGGAAAGAACUUCCGAUAAUUUAUGGAAGGCUAUGCAAAAGGUCAUAGAUGAAUUAGAUUCCGAGUAUCAGUUUCACAUAAAAAGCACGGUGCAUUCAUGGGCUAUGCAAAGAUGUUUCCCAGUGUUGGAGGUGAUGCGAAAUUAUUCUAGGGAUGUUGUAACUAUAUCGGUAUUUUUUCACGAUAAGUUGGAUGAAAAACAAUAUUACAUACCCGUGACUUAUACUACGGAAUCAAAGCCCAAUUUUACCAUAACUUGGUCAAAUAUUUCGUUAACACCAUCGAAUUCAAAAUUUGAACUCUUUCUUGAGAAAGAUCAAUGGAUAAUUUUAAAUUUACAACAAGCUGGAUACUAUCGUGUCAAUUAUGAUACCGAGAAUUGGCGAAAAAUUGCGCGAUACUUAAAUUCUAAAGAAUAUAAAAAUAUACAUGUUCUCAAUCGAGCGCAAAUCAUCGAUGAUGCAUUCCAUUUUGCGAUAGAGAAGAAACUUGAAUCUCCCGUAUUUUGGGAACUCGCUACUUAUUUGCACAAAGAAAAAGAUUAUAUAGCAUGGUAUCCUAUGCUGAAAGCUUUGGAAUUUAUAUCAAAUACUUUCAGAUUUUACGAUUGUCUUUUUUCAUGUCAGGAACUGUUAUACCUGCUUGAUUUAACAUGGGAUCUAUUCCGCAAAGAUAUCAAUGAUGAUCGUAUUAAAUGUUUAAAGGAAGAACUCGCAAAGUGGAAAUGUAUUAUAGAUGAUGAUAUGUCGUGCAAAACAUGGGCUAAUAAUCAGUUGCAAUUGCAUUUGAAAAAUCCUCAAAAAAACAAAAUUUUACCUGGAUGGAAGAGGUGGACAUAUUGUAAUGGUUUAAAAACGAUAGAUCGUGAUCAAUUUAAUAAAAUUAAUCUUUUUAAUGAAAAUAAGAAAAAAAUAGACCAUACAAUUUUAGAAUGUCUUGCAUACGUUGAAAAUUCUGAAAUUAUAAUCGAUUAUAUAUUGAUAACAUUACCAGGUAUUUUGCAAUUUUAUCGGAACAAUCCAUCUUAUCAUAAUCAAUCGACAGAGCAAGUUGAAAGUUUAACUACUAACAUUUUUCUUUUUACUGUUGCCAAAAAUACUAAGCCUUUGCUUGAAGGUAUAUUAAAGAAUUUCCAAAAUAUUAGAUAUUAUUUCAGACAAGUUGAUGAUGUUGUGGCAUUAAUUGUUAUAGUUAACAAUGUGUAUUCCGAGAAAGAGUUAGACCAGAUAAACAAAGUUAUAAGCGAGAAAAUCGAAACAUCAAUCAAAAUUUCCGAUGUUAAACGCAAGAUAGAUAUACGAAGGUCACAGAUCAAGAGACAAAACAAAUACUUUCAGUUUUUAUUCAGCCAUUGAAAAACUAAAUUUAUAAAGCAUCCAACUAUUUAGAAAUCAAAAAUAUAACAUCUUUGUG